CUUGCCGAAGAAGUAAGAACAUAAAUAGCGCUAUUUUCCGGCCGCUCCGCUUAACUUAAACGUAAACCAUCAGUUUAUUGUGAGUUACAGUUUGUGUAAGUCGUCUACUUAGAUAAUUUAUAAAAACGUUUCAGUAUCAAUCAGUGAAUCAGCUACAUAAUGGAAAAUAAAGCUGAUUUUCAAUAUCCUCAUACAUUUGUUUUACUCGGAGCUUCAGGUGAUCUCGCUAAGAAAAAAAUUUAUCCUACUAUUUGGUAUUUGUAUCGUGAUAAUUUAUUACCGAAAAAUACGAAAUUCAUUGGUUAUGCUCGAACGAAACAGACAUUGGAAGAUGUAAAAGAAAAAUCUAAAAAGUACAUCAAAGUGCGGCCAGGCGAUGAAAGUAAACUAAAAGAAUUUUGGGAAGCCAAUGAUUACGUUUCUGGUUCUUAUGAUAAAAGAGUUGACUACGAAUUUUUAAAUCAACAUAUUAGCAAAUCUGAAAAGGGACCCGUUGCUAAUAGAAUAUUUUAUUUAGCAGUCCCUCCAACAGUAUUUGAAGACGUUACAGUGAACAUACGGAAUGCAUGUGUUUCUAUUAAGGGGUAUACCCGGGUAAUAAUCGAAAAACCAUUUGGUAGAGAUGAUGAAAGCUCUGAAAAAUUAAGCAGUCAUUUGGCUGGUCUAUUUAAAGAAGAGCAAAUUUAUCGAAUCGAUCAUUACCUUGGAAAAGAAAUGGUACAAAACUUAAUGACAAUUAGAUUCGCUAACCAAAUUUUUAGCCCUUCAUGGAACAGAGAAAACAUUGCAUCCGUUUUAAUAUCUUUUAAGGAACCUUUUGGUACUGAAGGUCGAGGUGGUUACUUUGAUAGUUUUGGCAUUGUACGUGAUGUGAUGCAAAAUCACCUUUUGCAAAUACUGUCUCUUGUUGCCAUGGAGAAGCCGGUAACAUUAAAUCCUAAUGAUAUUAGAGAUGAAAAAGUUAAAGUGCUUAGACAUAUCAAGCCUAUAGACCUCAAAAAUUUACUGGUUGGACAGUAUGUGGGCAACCCAAAUGGACAAGGAGAAGAAAAAUUGGGUUACCUUGAUGAUCCCACAGUUCCUAAAGAUUCUGUAACUCCAACAUAUGCAGUAGCUGUUAUAUAUAUUGAUAACUCCCGCUGGCAAGGGGUACCCUUUAUUCUUCGUUGUGGAAAAGCACUUAAUGAAAGAAAAGCAGAGGUAAGAGUACAGUAUAAAGACGUGCCUGGAGAUAUUUUUGAAGGGCAUACAAAAAGAAAUGAGUUAGUAAUACGUGUCCAGCCUGGUGAAGCAUUGUAUUUAAAAUUGAUGAGCAAAUCUCCUGGAAUGAAGUUUGAUCUAAUGGAAACGGAAUUAGAUUUAACUUACAGUAUGCGCUAUAGAGAAGCUGAUGUACCUGAUGCUUACGAAAGAUUAAUACUUGAUGUUUUUACUGGAACUCAAAUGCAUUUCGUAAGAAAUGAUGAAUUGAAGGAAGCAUGGCGCAUUUUCACUCCAGUGUUGAAGAAAUUAGAGACAGAGCGUAUCAAACCUCUUCCCUAUAUGUAUGGAUCACGUGGACCGCGUGAAGCUGAUGCUAAGUUGGCUGAAUGUGAUUUUAAAUAUUCAGGAUCUUACAAAUGGCAAAAACCUUCACUUGAAUAAAAUGAUUAACAUGAAAAUUGAUUUUAAGGUGGAGGUAUUGUUUAUCAAGGCUUAAGCUUUUUUUUACAUUUGAUAAUUUUUUUAUAUUUAAGACAAAGUUAUGAAGGUGAUUUUCUUGUUGUCAUUCCAAUUUUUGUCACUGUUAAUUUCAUUUUACUCCUAAGGUCAUUUUAAGGUCAAAUUUCUUAACAUGCUUUGUAUUCAAGUUUCAUAUAAGUUUAAUGUCAAUGAUGGAUGUAUAAAUUACCAAAUUUAAAUGUUGAAUUGUGAUAAUGCUUUAUAAAUAAGAAAUUAUUUAUAAUGACACAGAAUGUUAGUUAUGAAAGUCUAUGUAAUACUUGUCAGUUUAUGAUUAUGCAGAGGUCAAAGAUUUAACCUUGAAAUGCAGAUUAACUGUAUGCAUUGAUUCUAUUUUAACAAUUGCAUAUAAAAGCAACUAAAAUAUGUACAAAAACAUUCCUAAAAGCAUUUAAAUUAUUUAUGUAUACCAGUUAAGUAGAUUUUGAACAUUAUUUAUACUCUUUAUUUGAUAUUACGUACAUGGUUCUUUGGCUCAAAACAAUGAUUAAGCAAUUCUGUUACAAUAUUCAGUAAUACUCUAUAUUCACUAAGUGUUUGUUGUGUUGAAUAUCUCUCAAAGAUUAGUUUCCUGUAAGGACACCGCUCAAGAGCUGUUUUCAAUUAUAAUUAUGAACAAUCAAAUAAUAAUAUAAUGUUUGUUAGUGUUUGUAUUUAAUACAAGUCCUUUUAAUAUUAUAUAUAAAUUGUGAUUCUUAUUUUUGAUAAAUCAAAAUUAAGUUU